CAAUUCUCGAACUUGUCCAUCGCAAUUGGGAGCUUCCGUACGCUUCACAUCAUUUCACGUUUGCGACAACCGAUACCAGACCUCGACAUCGAUCCCAAUACUCCCCAAAUCCAAGACCACACAACCGGAGGAACACCCUCACACCUCACACACAAUGGAAUCAACAUCCCAAACCUCCUCCAAAAGCCAACCCAUCGCCGCCGUCCUCCUCUCGCGCGCCCACGACCCCGAAGAAACCAAACGGAUCCUGACCGAAAAGAUCCAACAGCGCCCUCUCUUCCUGACGCCCUCAUCCCCUCCUCCCUCCGACGCCCGCGCCGCCCGCCGCCGCGAACGCGAAAAGAAGCGGCUCUCCCGCAAAAAGGCGCUAAAACCGAAACCGCUCUCCGCCAACGAACGCCGCAAGCUCGGCCUCUACGACGUGCCUCGCUCGGGGCAGAAAUACGUUUUGUUCGAACCGCUGCACCAGCUCUGGCUGGGAUAUAUCCGCGAGAUAUUGGGCAACGAGAUACAUACCGGUGGCGAGGGCGCGGCGUCGAAGCUGACGAGCGCGGAUUUUCACGGGGCUGAGGUGGAGGUUGUCAGGAGCGGGUGUGUGAGUAGGGUGGGAUUGAAGGGGAUUGUGAUUAAGGAUUCGCGGUUUACGUUUGAGGUGGUAACAAAAAAGAAUCAGAGGAAACUGGUGCCGAAGGAGGGGACGGUGUUUAGGGUUGAGGUGCCGCUUGCGACGGUGACGGCAACGGCGAUGGGGGAGGAGGGACGGAGUGAUGACAACAAGCAGCAACAGCAACAACAAACAGAGGCCGAACAACCGAAGAUGAUCUUUGAAGUACACGGCGAGCAGUUCCAGUUUCGGUCGGCGGAUCGCGCGAACAAGAAGUUCAGGUCGCACUUCUCCAACAUUCUGUGAGGCGGCGGGGAGGGAUAAAG